AUUCUCUGUUAGACUGAAGCGGAAGAUUCAAUUGUGCGAAUUGUAGUAGAUUUCCUUUACCUCUACCUCUCUGUUAAUUUUUUAAAGAUCACAUUUUGGAAAAAUUCUUUUUCGCGUUUCUACUUUCCUCACUGAUCACAUUUUUGAACUAUAGUUUUUCAUGUUUGGGAUAAUUAAUUAAUGGUUGAAUAAUUUGGUAUUAAGUGUUAUAAGUUUAUGAUGCACAACCCACGUAUAAUAAGAGAAUCGAGGGCGUAGUUAUAUCGGUCCUCAGAUAGUGAAAUUCAUUGCUGGGUAGAUUCCGACCCACAUGAAGGGCGCAUUACGAUCUAGGCACCCUCCAGAGCAUGGUAUCAAGUGUUACAAGUUUUGAUGCACAACCCAUAGAAAAUAAGAUAACAGAGGUUGUAACUAUAGUUAUUUUAAGUUAGUGAAAUUCCUUGUCAGGUAAGUUCUGUCCCGCAAGGUAUUACAAGGCGUUACGAUCUAAGCACCCUCUCAGAAAGAGGCUCAGCGAACUAGACUUGCACCGAGAAACUAUUAUGCUGAUUACCAAACUUGAUAUGUUCAUAUAAUUAACAUUGGCGAUUUUACCUUGUCUUUUUUUAAUUUUAGGGAAAAGAAAUCAAAAUUGAUAGGGUUAGAGAAAGGAGAAUCCUUGUUUUGUGAUGGCUGCUUCUUCAAAAGCUCUCAUUCCUGAAACUCUAACUCGGAAUGAAGAUUGGACCAUCGUUUUACCUCGUCGUGGCAAGCAAAGAAGAAAUUCACCUAGAAUUAUAACUCCAAAAGAAGAACAAAAACCAUGGUGCCCUAGUGAAAUUGAAUCUGAUCCUCACAGAGAAUCAAUGUUAUUUCAAAGGAUGCUGAACUGUAUUAAGAAAAUGGAGAGCUCUCAAUUCUAUCAAAAUUUUGUUGAUCAAAUCCAAACUCCAGAUGUCUUGAGUUACUUUUAUAGUGUUUUGGGUUCUGAAUUGAAUAUGCAAAUGGUGAUAUAUGGUAUUGGCAGCAUUGAAUUGUAUGAACCCCCUCGAUUGCAGCUUAGCCUUGCAAUCUUAAUGAAAAGAAAGUUCAGUUGGGUUGGCGACAUAGAGAUAUUUGAUCCUAUUCUUUCUGCAACUGAAGCUCGGGUUUUGGAAGCCCUUGGUUGUUCGGUUCUAUCAGUCAACGAACAAGGUCGCCGAUGUGCUAUGAAGCCAACACUUUUCUUCAUGCCACACUGUGAAGCAGAGUUGUAUAACAAUCUUUUGCAGGCAAAUUGGGGAGCGAUGUUAAAACACAUGGUAGUGUUUGGAAAUAGCUUUGAGAUGUACCACCAGCAUGUCACAGAGUUUAAGAGCUCAACUAUCGUCAAUACAGCCAAGCAUGUUUUAGCUGUUCGAAGAUUCUCAAAUGAAUUCGGCAUCGAUGUUAUUUCAGAUGAUUAUUUUGCAGCGUUUCAUGAUUCAGGUUGGCAUUUCUUCAACCCUGAUCUUGGAAUUGAACUGCAGUUAAUAUAAAUUUGAUGAAAAUGGAUUCAACACAUUCUUUGCUUUCCACCUUAAUGGAAAUGAUUCUGUUGUGUAAUUGUCUGUAUGCUGAAAGAUUGAAUCAGUAUUUAUAUAUUUUUUCCUCAUUAUUUAUAAGUCUAUUUAUUA